CCGCUGGAGAAACUGGACGGCCGCCAGUGACAGAUUGUGCUCUGUCCACCCGUGCCUCCUGCAUGUCCUGCUGCCCUGAGCUGUCCCGAGCUAGGUGACAGCGUGACACGCUGCCACCAUGAACGAGGUGUCUGUCAUCAAAGAAGGCUGGCUCCACAAGCGUGGUGAAUUCAUAAAGACUUGGAGGCCCCGGUACUUCCUGCUGAAGAGUGAUGGCUCCUUCAUUGGAUAUAAGGAACGGCCAGAGGACCCUGACCAGACCCUGCCCCCCCUAAACAACUUCUCCGUUGCAGAAUGCCAGCUGAUGAAGACCGAGAUACCAAGGCCCAACACCUUUGUCAUACGCUGCCUGCAGUGGACCACAGUCAUUGAGAGGACCUUCUAUGUAGACUCUCCAGAUGAGAGGGAGGAGUGGAUGCAGGCUAUCCAGAUGGUCGCUGACAGCCUCAAGCAGCGGGGCCCAGGUGAGGACCCCGUGGACUCCAAGUGUGGCUCCCCUAGUGACUCUUCCGCAGCUGAGGAGAUGGAAGGGGCAGUUAGCAGUGCCCAGGCCAUGGUGACUAUGAAUGACUUCGACUAUCUCAAAUUUCUCGGCAAGGGCACCUUUGGCAAAGUGAUCCUGGUGCAGGAGAAGGCCACUGGCCACUACUACGCCAUGAAGAUCCUGCGGAAGGAGGUUAUCAUUGCCAGGGAUGAAGUUGCCCACACCGUCACUGAGAGCCGAGUCCUCCAGAACACCAGGCACCCAUUCCUCACUGCCCUGCGAUAUGCCUUCCAGACCCACGACCGCCUGUGCUUUGUGAUGGAGUUCGCCAUCGGUGGUGAGCUAUUCUUCCACCUGUCCCGGGAACGUGUCUUCACGGAGGAGCGGGUCCGCUUUUAUGGCGCAGAGAUCGUUUCAGCCCUGGAGUACUUGCAUUCACGGGACGUGGUGUACCGUGACAUCAAGCUGGAAAAUCUCAUGCUGGACAAAGAUGGCCACAUCAAGAUCACAGACUUUGGCCUGUGCAAAGAGGGCAUCAGUGACGGGGCCACCAUGAGAACCUUCUGUGGAACCCCCGAAUACCUGGCACCUGAGGUGCUGGAUGACAAUGACUACAGCCGGGCUGUGGACUGGUGGGGGCUGGGCGUGGUCAUGUAUGAGAUGAUGUGCGGCCACCUGCCCUUCUACAACGAGGACCAUGAGCGCCUUUUCGAGCUCAUCCUCACGGAGGAGAUCCACUUCCCACGCACACUCACCCCUGAGGCCACGGCCCUUCUUACCGAGCUGCUUAAGAAGGACCCCAAGCAGAGGCUAGGCGGGGGGCCCAGCGAUGCCAAGGAGGUCAGGGAGCACAGGUUCUUUCUCAGCAUCAACUGGCAGGACGUGGUAGAGAAGAAGCUCCUGCCACCCUUCAUACCUCAGGUCACAUCUGAGGUCGACACAAGGUACUUCGAUGAUGAGUUCACCUCCCAGUCCAUCACACUCACGCCCCCGGACCGCAAGGACAACCUGGACCAGCCGACCCUCUUCCCCCAGUUCUCCUACUCGGCCAGCAUCCGCGAGUGAGCAGCGCUGCCUGCCUGCCACUGACGCCGCCAUGGGACACUCACAAGGCUGCCAUCACUGCCGGAGGGCUUUGUCCUUUUUUUU